AUUCCGCAAAACGUCUGCAAAUCGUGUUUGAUUCAUAGUGAAAAUUUGACAAUUAUCGAGGUAAAAAAAGUCCUAAAUCAUGGCUCAAAAAAUUAAAUUAGUAUUAAUAGAUUUAAGUGGAACGUUGCAUAUAGAUAAUUCAGUUAUUCCGGGAGCAAUCGAAGCAUUGAAAAAAUUACGAGGUUUAAAUGCACAAGUCAAAUUUGUCACAAAUACCACUAAAGAGUCAAAAAAUAUUCUUCACACUCGCUUACAGACCCUGGGUUUUGACAUAAAAAAAGACGAAAUAUUUAGCUCGUUGGGAGCCGCCAGAGAACUGGUGAAAAGUCGAAAAUUAAAUCCACUUUUACUAAUUGACGAUGCAGCAUUGGAAGAUUUCACCGAUAUAAUCGACGAAAAACAACCAUCUAAUGCCGUGCUCGUAGGUUUAGCGCCGGAAAAAUUUAAUUACAAGUAUCUUAAUGAGGCAUUCAGAUUGUUAUUAGAGGGAGCGCCUCUAAUUGCUAUUCACAAGGGUCGCUAUUAUAAAAAAUCGGAUGGUUUAGCUCUGGGACCUGGUGCAUUUGUUCAAGGAUUGGAGUUUUCUGCUAAUGUCAAGGCUGAAAUCAUUGGCAAACCGUCUGCCAAUUUUUUCAAAAAGGCCUUAGGUAAUUUUUCUCCUGAAGAAGCUGUUAUGAUAGGGGAUGACGUAAAUGACGAUGUAGCAGGAGCGCAAGCUGCCGGUAUUAAAGGAUUUUUAGUGAAAACUGGAAAAUAUCGCGUCGGAGAUGAAAACACUAUUGACCCGGUGCCUGCCAAAGUCUGUAAUUCAUUUGUAGAUGCUGUAGAUAUGAUACUUCAAAAUAAUGAUUCAUGAUUUUUAAAUACACGAA